GCCAAACAAAAAAAAAGUCGCUUGACACACCACACCUCCUCCCAGCACUCUGUGACACGCCGUUGAACGCCGUUACGACCUGUCUGCUGUAUAAACCCCCUCUCCGCGCCUCCGCAACAGAUACCCACCGCUCCCUGUUCCACAAUGCGCUACUCUUCUGCCCUGGUGUUGAGCACCAUUGUUGCUGGCCAGGCCGCUGCCGCCAAUGUCCACCACCGCCACGCCAGCUUCCACGCCCGCCGUCAAGCCGAGGCCAAGCGCAGCGCCGCCGAUGUCGACUGGAACAAGGUCGCCUACGACCUAAGCGACGUCGACUGGAGCAAGGUCGCCUACAACCACCCUUCGCCCGCUCCCGCUGCCGCUGCCGCUGCCGCGGUUGCAUCUGCCGCCCAGCCCUCCGCCCCCGCUCCCCAGCCCGUUGCUGAGGUCAAACAAGCCCCCCCGACCCAGCCAUCGCCAUCCCCAGCUCCUCUGGAUGCCUACCCCGUUGCUCCCCCCAAGUCGUCGCCUUCGCCUUCGCCCUCGCCCUCGCCCUCACCCUCACCCUCACCCUCACCCUCACCCUCGCCAUCGCCAUCGCCCGUGGCUGCUCCCCCAGUUGCGCCCAAGCCCAAGCCCUCGCCAGCUGCUAGCCCCAGCCCCAGCCCGUCGCCCAGCCAAACCUCCAACAACCCUCUCGGUGACCUUGGUGACCAGAUUGACCACCUUGUUGGCGACCUUCUCAACGGCCUCCAGUCCAUGAUCACGGGUCUUGGUGCCAAGAUUGGAAAGAACCCCACGUCCAACCAGAACGGCAUCUGGAUCGGCGGCGACAGCCCCUGGAAGGCCCAGUUCACCAACGACCACCAGGAUGACGCUGUCCUCUUCUGCUGGAGAUCCAAUGACUUCAAGAACAUGUGCCUCAACGAGAUGCAGCCCGAAAUCUCCGUCGGCCUCAAGUCUGGCCAAUCCGUUGAGCUCUCCUUUGCUGAGAAGGCCUCUGCUGCCUGCGCUCCCGCCUACCCCAACACCAAGCUCGCCAUGUUUGGUGGCAUUGACAACACAUGGUGGGAGGUUACCUUUGGCCAGGACGGUGCUUUCGAUGUCUCGCGCAACGUCAACAUGAACGGUAACAACAUCAGCGCAAAGGGCUCCAAGUGCACAUCAGACAUGAACACCUGCGUCUUCAAGUGCAAGAACGGCAUGUCCAGCUGCGAAAAGGGCUCCGACUACGACCUGUUCAACUGCGGUGCCGGCACUGGUGGCGGCGGUGGCUACGACCCCAUCAUGGCCGGUACCGGCGGUGGUUGCGCCAUGGGCAGCGACAGCGAGACUGUCAAGGUUGUCUUUUCCUAAGCGUCGCCUCACCUCCAUUGGCGUUUUUGGAACCAUGAGUCUCGCUGUUGUUGUCAUAUCAUCUUUUUUUUUGCGUAUUUUCACUUUGCCAUAUUCCCCCUCCCAAACCAUUUUUUGUUUCUAUGCCCGCUUGGAUAUGACUCUCUCUCUCUCUCUCUCCCCGGCCAACUAGUCGCCGUCGUCCUUGACAACAACAAAUAAAAAAGUCUGCCUGUCAUGAUACCCACGCGCAGCUUUUGGCUUAAUGGUAGUUAGUUAGGGCCUCUUUUUCCUCCCCAAACAGAACAUAGUAUAACGCC